AGAAGCUCCUCUCUAUUUAAGCCCCAAUUUCUCCCUUCUGCCUACUUUCUCAACUGCUCUCUCCUCUGUAUUUUUGUUCAUAUAAUAUACUCUCCCUUUCUUUUGUUUUCGGGGUUGAGAGAAUACUGGGUUUAUUUUUGUGUUCUUCAACCCGCAUCGAUCUCAUAGAGGAUAUUACGUACAAUAUAGUCUGUUUGAUCUUGUAUAGAGAAUACACAUAUACAGUUGUUUGUGCGUAAACAAACAUAUGGAAGAAGCCCUGUCGAUGAGCGGAGGAGACCCUGAGAUCGUCCACUUGCCUCCGGGCUUCCGGUUCCACCCGACGGACGAAGAGAUCAUCACUCACUACCUCUCCAAGAAGGUCAUGAACAGGAGUUUCAGUGCAAGUGCUAUGGGAGAGGUCGAUCUGAACAAGUGCGAACCCUGGGACUUGCCCAAGAGGGCCAAGAUGGGGGAGAAGGAAUGGUACUUCUUCAGCCAGAAGGACAGGAAGUACCCCACCGGCAUGAGGACCAACAGGGCUACCGAGUCGGGGUACUGGAAGGCCACGGGGAAGGACAAGGAGAUAUAUCGAGGAAAGAACUGCCUGGUCGGGAUGAAGAAGACCCUCGUCUUCUACCGGGGGAGGGCCCCCAAGGGGGAGAAAACCAACUGGGUCAUGCACGAGUACAGACUCGAGGGGAAAUUCUCUUAUUCAAAUCUCCCGAGGGCCGCAAAGGAGGAAUGGGUUGUAUGCAGGAUAUUCCACAAAAGCACAGGGCUAAAGAAACCGUGGAGUCCGAUGAUCCAAGGUGGCAUGCCGAGGAUUGACGCUUUGAUGGAUGAUGAUCUCUCCAGCGGUUCUCUCCCGCCGCUCGUGGACCCGGCUUCCUCUGCCGGACCCAGCUCAAGCUUUACGGAUGCUGAGGACUACGAGUUCAAGGGAAUGGCUAAUCACAGUUUAUCGGCAUCGAUGUCAAGAUCUUCUGGUGCGAACAUCCCCUACUAUAAUAUCCCACCAAACCCAUCCCAGAAUCCCGUCACAAGCAAUAACCCGAGUCCCAACUACCCUUUGAACCCGAACCCGAACUUCUCCAUGAUGUACAACCAAGUCCAAAAUCCAAGCUUCUUAUCGGUGCAAGGGUCGUCUCCGCUCAAUCCCGCUCUCUUCAACCAACUGGGGACGAUUAUAAGGUCGGACCAACCAAAGUGCAAGGUAGAGCUAGAGCCAUUCUUGUCUCAGUCAAUAAUCAGUGGCCGCUCACAGGAGACUGGGCUCAGCACCGACAUGAACCCCGAGAUAUCAUCAUCUUCAGCUGCUUCAAAGCAAGAAGUCGCAAGCACCAGGCCGCUCAAUGAUCUAAUCGAGGGCUCAUAUAUCGGCCCCAUUAAUUCAUCGGAUAUACUCGAUUUUUCAUGGGACUACUGAAGAUGAUUGAUGCAGAACGGGAGCUUACUAACCGAAGAAUCCAGGAUAAUUACUUCUGUGGAUUGUUUUUCAUUAUAUACAGGCAAUUAAUAGGUAGGCUUCGAUCACAUUUACCUAUAUUGCAGGUUCAUUAUUUUGGGUGAACACAUAAACGUACUGCAGGUUAAAUAUAGUCAUUGGUUGAUUGGAUUUAUAUGUAGUUUUGUAUAUAUCCUGUAUACAUUUCUUCAUCCUAAUGAUAUGUGAUCAUUUCAUACUUCAUUUGUAAACAUCGAUUAGAUUGCACAAAGAAGUCCUAUGUAUGGUUCGUGAAUCUAAUGUAAACUUCUGCUUUAAUUUCUUCAAUAAUAGUAAAAUUCAGCUCUAGAAGCUGCA